CUGCUCAUCACCCAAGGCGCCGGGCUCCUCGUUGAUCAACUCAAGACGCACCUAAUCUAUCUUCCCAAGACUCUGAACCUGUUGAUCAUGGGCAAUCUCACCCCUUCUUCCCUCCUCCUGGCCUUGGCGGCCACGGUAGCAGCCCACGGCCACGUGGACUGGCUGGUAGCCAACGGCGUCGCCUACCGCGGUUGGGACUCCCCAGCCUUCACCUACUCGCCUCCCAGCGGCCCGGUCGUCGGGUGGAAGAUCGACGCCCCGGACAACGGCUUCGUCGAGCCCGUCAACUUCGGCACCGGGGACGUCAUCUGCCACAAGAACGGAUCUCCCGCCGGCGGCCACGUCACCGUCGCCGCGGGAACCAAGAUUCAGCUCAUGUGGAACACAUGGCCCGAGUCUCACAAGGGCCCCGUGAUCGACUACCUCGCAAAGUGCAGCGGCAACUGCGAGACCGUCGACAAGACGUCGUUGAACUUCUUCAAGAUUGGCGCCGGCGGCCUCAUUGACAUGUCGCUCCAGAACGGCAAGUGGGCUGACGAUGUCCUGAUGGCGAACAACUUCACCUGGACCGUUCAGAUUCCCUCGGAUCUGGCCGCAGGAAACUACGUUCUGCGCCAUGAGAUUAUUGCGCUGCACUCCGGCGGCAACGCCAACGGCGCUCAGUCAUACCCUCAGUGCUUCAACAUCCAGGUCACUGGCGGUGGCUCCCUUGCUCCGGCUGGUGUCAAGGGCACGGCGCUAUACAAGUCCACCGACCCCGGCAUUCUCUUCAACCUCUACACCUCGCCCCUUGACUACCCCAUGCCGGGACCGACGCUGGUUGCUGGUCUUCCCUCGACUGUCGCCCAAAGCACCGCCCGUAUCACCGCUACCUCAAGCGCGACUGCUCCCGGAGGAGACAGCGGGAGCAGCCCGACUACUCUGCGCACCACGACCGCUGCAGCGCCGGCUACAACGACUCGGGCGGGAACUGCGACUACCACGGCUGCUGGCGGUGGCUCUGGCGCCACCGUUCCCAAGUACGGCCAGUGUGGUGGUCAGGGCUGGACUGGCGGUACGGUGUGCGCUUCGGGAUCAACUUGCUCGAAGUUGAACGACUUCUACUCCCAGUGCGUGUAG